CAAAACUUUCAAAUUAUUUAAUGCCACCAAACCCCAAACCAGCUCGCUCGCUCAGGUAGUGAAGCUUUACAUUGCUUCGUACCAUUUCUUCAUUUUUCUUCCCCAUUUUAUUAUAAUAUAUUCAUCUGCCACUGUCAGGCACAUUUUCUUCUUCCUCGCUUAGUAAACUCCGGAGAAAAAACAAGCACCCCCCGGGGGCGGAGUUUCCAACGCAAAACAAUCCCAAAAUUCAUCGAUCAACGGCUCUUCCUACGCAGUAUUUUUUCUUAGUUUCAUGAAUCGUUUGCACUACCCUUUUGUCUUCACUUUCCAUCUCUGAAUCUAAAAAAGUUCUAAUCAAUCAGAAAAGCUCCAUCUCUCGGCGACCAUGGUGGUUUCCGGCACCAGCUCUGUUAGUAUGUCUCGUCCUUUCGCCGUUGUUAACACCCCAAACAAAGUCAACUUAAAGAAACCGGUUUUGGGUUUCCAGAUUUCGGAUCCUGGGUUUUAUCGGAAGUUGAAAGGGAUCAAGAUGGGGAAUGGAGUUCGGGCAGUUGUGCAAGUGGGUUUCGAGGAUUCGAAGCGGGCGGCGAGGAAUUCGAAGGGCUUGGAAACGAAAUUUGAGUUCGACGUGGUGUUGGAGAGGGAUUUAAGGGAAAAGGGGUUUCUGGGGAUGACGAAGACGAAGCUGGUCUGCACGAUCGGACCGGCUUGCUGUUCGUCCGAGGAUUUGGAGAAAAUGGCAAUGGGAGGGAUGAAUGUGGCUAGGCUCAAUAUGUGCCAUAAUACCAGGGAGUGGCACAGAGACGUGAUCAGGAAGAUCAAGAAGUUGAAUGAAGAAAAUGGGUUUUGUAUCUCGAUCAUGAUCGAUACAGAAGGUAGUCAGAUUACUGUGGUUGAUCAUGGAGCUCCUUCCUCUGUUAAAGCAGAGGAAGGUUCAGUCUGGUUGUUUACUGCACAGAAAUUUGAUGGACCUCGUCCUCGUCCAUUCACAGUUCAAGCAAACUAUGAGGGUUUCUCUGAAGGUAUCGAAGUGGGUGAUGAACUUGUUAUUGACGGUGGAAUGGCGUGCUUUGAAGUCAUUGAAAAGAUUGGGAACGAUCUACGUUGCAAGUGCACAGACCCUGGUUUAUUCCUUCCUCUAGCCAAAUUGAGCUUUUGGAGAGAUGGGAAGCUUGUAGAGAAGAAUAAUGAGCUUCCUACUCUGUCAACAAAGGAUUGGGCUGACAUAGAGUUUGGGAUUUCUGAAGGUGUUGAUUUCAUUGCUAUGUCCUUCGUAAAUGACGCUGAUUCUGUCAAGCAUUUAAAGAACCACCUCUCUACCAAAUCUGCAAAAUCAAUAAAAGUAUUGGCCAAGAUUGAAAGCUUGGAAUCUCUCCAUAAAUUGCAAGAAAUUGUGGAGACUUCUGAUGGAAUUAUGAUUGCCCGGGGUGACCUUGGAGUUGAAAUUCCUCUUGAACAGAUACCUGCAGUGCAGGAAAAAAUCAUUUAUGUUUGCAGACAACUAAACAAGCCAGUAAUUGUAGCUUCUCAACUUCUUGAGUCAAUGGUGGAAUACCCAACCCCAACACGUGCUGAGGUUGCAGACAUUUCUGAAGCUGUUCGACAGUAUGCCGAUGCCUUAAUGUUGUCUGGUGAAUCAGCCAUUGGAUUAUAUGGUCAGAAGGCUCUUGCUGUCCUGCAAAUGGCUCGUAGUCGAAUGGAAUCAUGGACUCGCGAGGAAAACCAACAACGGCUUCUCAAGCAGUGUCAACUUGGAGUCUCAUUGCCUGACCGAAUUGCUGAGCAAAUAUGCAAUUCUGCUGUUGAAAUAGCCAACAACCUUGCUGUGGAUGCCAUUUUCGUAUACACAAAGCACGGUCACAUGGCAUCAAUCCUGUCCCGAAAUCGUCCAAACCCGCCAAUAUUUGCAUUCACCAAUGACGAGAGCACCCGAAUGGCUCUGAAUUUGCAGUGGGGAGUUACUCCUCUCCUUGUAGAUUUGUCAGAUGAUAUUGAAGCAAAUAUCUCGACCACCAUUGACGUUAUAAAAUCAAAAGGGUUGAUGAAAGAGGGGGAUUCAGUUUUGGUGGUCUCAGAUGUGAUUCCAACUCGUGCUACGUCAAUGGCAUUUCAAUCAAUCCAGGUAAAGACCAUCCAUUAAGACAGGCAAGAAAAGGAGUUCAUGGAAUAAUAUUCAGCUCUUCUUCCAUAACUUUGCUGCUCCUAAUCAGGAUAUAAAAAGAAAACAUCUUUAUGUGAGAUUUGGUUGAUUUAUUGGUUUGUUGUAGAUCAUUAUAAUUGUCUCUGCCAAAAUUAAAAAAAGGAAACGGAUAUUGAUUUUGCUGUAUAAACCUUGUACACUCAUGUAGUAUCGCCGUACAUAUAAAAGCUUUUUCUGUGUUGGCCUGCUGGGCGUAGAGGUAGUCAAGUUGGAUGGGAAUGUAAGCCAAAACUGAACCAGGUUUAAUUAUGUGGCUUUCUGUUGUGACACGUGUAUGAAUGGAAAGAGUGGAGAUUAUUUUUUAUAUUUAUUUUUUU